CUUUUUUCCGCAGACAACUUGGAUCUCAGACUCAUGUGUGGAUUGUAGGCGUUUGCACUUUUUUUGACUUUCAAACGUUGUUUUCAUUUAUUGCAGUAAUCAAUCGGUUAUUGUGGCAUAGUCUUACUUUUCACAGUACCAUUACGAGAUGCUUUGUAUGGAAGAUGAAGAAUGAGGAAACCAUGGAGAAGAGAAACUCUAAAAAUUCUGGGAGUUUUAACAGUGACCUACUUUCUGGUUUUGUUUUUAAUGUUAAUACAGCUACACAUACAAAGAGCUGAUUUUCUUCAUGAAGAUGAGGAUCACAAGCAUGUGCAUUUCACCCUCAAGUCAGAUUACUGUUAUAAAGGACCUGCCAUUUCAUUGGCUUCAAAUAAAACAGUAGACCAUGCUGUUCAAGCAUUGAACACAGAACCUAUUGGACAAUGUGUCAUACCAGUAACCACCGCAGAUGUUAAGAUUGAGACAUUAUGGAGCACACUGGAUGUGUCUUAUCCUCUGGCUUUGUCUGUUACUGGGUGGCUUGAUGUCAUUCCUGUUCUCUCAUGGACCCCAAAACCACUACAAGUCAUCAUUGUACCCCACUCUCACCAGGAUCCUGGUUGGCUGAAUACCUUUGAUCAUUACUUUGCCUCCCACACCAACAAAACACUCAGUUUAUUGCUGGAUCAACUCACAGAAAACCCUGGAUGGCGAUUCGUUUGGUCAGAAGUGUGCUGGUUGGAAAAAUGGUGGAAAGCAGCCACUCAGAUACAGAAAGACAACAUUAAAAGGUUGAUUCAUAAUGGUCAGUUGGAGGUAGUGUCCGGUGGCUGGGUGAUGCCAGAUGAAGCAGUUGUUCACUAUGGCGCUAUGUUAAACCAACUGAUUGAUGGUCAUCAGUGGCUAUUAACGAACAUUGGGAUAAAACCAAACAUCAGCUGGUCCAUCGAUCCAUUUGGACACUCUCCCACCAUGGCGUAUUUCCAGAAAAGAAGUGGUGCAAAGGCCAUGGUUAUUCAAAGAAUCCAUUUUGGACUGAAGAGACACCUUGCCAGAACAAAGAUGUUAGAAUUUCAGUGGAGACAAAUGUGGGAUAGAACGUACUCUACAGAUGUAACAACCCAUGUUCUGCCUUUCCUCUCCUACGCCAUUACUCACUCUUGUGGUCCAGAUACGCAUGUCUGCUGCAAGUUCGACUUUUUCCAGCGAAAAUGUUAUCAAGGCAGAAAACAAAUUCCAGUGAAAGAUAUUGACGAUGAUAAUGUGAAGGAAAUGGCUUGGAUACUCUGGGAACAGUUUCAAAAGAAGUCUGAAUUAUUUCGAGAUGGCGUUCUCUUGGUGCCACAUGGAGAUGACUUUCGAUACAGCAGCCUGCAGGAAUGGAGGAAACAACAUUAUAACAUGGAAAAGCUGAUGAAAUACAUAAACAGCAAUUCUCAAAUGAAUACUCGGGUGAGAUUUGGAACUCUUUCUGACUUUUUUAAAGAACAUAGAAAGUUACAAACAAAAGCCCUUCCCUCCUUUAGUGGAGAUUUUUUCCCAUAUUCUGACAGAUUGGACCAGUAUUGGACAGGAUUUUACACAACUCGCCCUUUUCUGAAAUAUGCAGCUCGAAGAAUUCAGAGUCUGCUCAGAUCUGUAGAAAUAUUGUAUGCUGUGUUGCUGGCAAAAUCCAAGAAGUCCUCAGAAAAGUAUUCAGGUUUGCUGAAACUACUACCUGACCUGGAGCUAGGAAGGCAAGAAUUAGCUCUGUUCCAACAUCAUGAUGCAAUAACGGGGACAUCACGGGUGUCUGUCACUGAAGACUAUAGCAGGAGGUUGCAGCAUGCAUUCCACAAACUGAAAACACUAUUUGAGAAAGUUACAAUAUUUUACAUGGAUAGCAGUUCCACACUGACACAAAAUUUAAGCAUGUCAAUGAUUGACGAUUGGGUAACCAUGACGACAAACAACCCAAGCAGAAGAUGUAUCAAGUUAUCACAGAAAAGACACAUGGUAAUAUUUAACCCUCUAGGACACAAUAGGAGGGAUAUGAUUACCUUGACUGUAGAUAGAGCCAAUGUCAAGGUCACAAAUACAUCAACAUCCUUGGAAAUCCCCCACCAAAUUUCACCAGUUUGGGAGAAUGGUACUUUUUCAACAAAUGUCUUUGAAAUGACUUUUGAAGUAAACUUGGCAGCACUGUCUAUUUCCUUGGUAACCAUUGAAGAAGGGGAGGAAAAUCUGAAUGAAUACACAAGGCUUGUUCUCUAUAAAGAACCAUCAAAUUUCUCUAGAAGUGUGAAAAUAUCAGGAAUUACAGUAGAACAGGACAGCUCUCCCUAUUUCACUGUUUCCAAUGGUCAUCUCACAGCGUACUUUCACACGUGCAGUGGAAGACUACAGUAUGUAACGCAGAAUUCUACUGGAUCCGUCUGGAGGUCAGAGGUCAAACUGGUGACCUACACAUCAGGCAAAUCCUGGUCCACCCUAUUCAAGGAUAAAGGGGGUGCUUACACCUUUGUCCCUGAUGGACCAGCAGAGACUCUAUCUGAGCCAGUGGAAACCCUAUUCCUUAUUGAUGGACCAUUGCUUUCAAGAGUGGUUACAGUUCAACCUAGUGCAACACAAUCUGUCACUAUCCACAAAACAUCAGGAAAUCUGGGUAGAGGAGUUUACAUAGAGAACUAUGUGGACAUACAGAAGUUGGACAACACAGAGCUGAUGAUGAGAGUAGAAUCUGAUGUAGGGGGAUCCAGAUGUGAACUUUGUGUGGAUCUAAAUGGUUUUCAGAUGCACAGAAAGAGAACAUUAGCAAAGAGACACAUCCAGGGGAACUUCUUCCCCAUGACAACAAUGGCGUCUGUUGAAAGCGAUACCAGCAGGUUAACACUGCUCACAUCUUCCUCUAGAGGAGUGGCCAGUCUAGAACCAGGUUGGCUGGAGGUUGGACUAGAUCGUAGAAUGGUACAGGAUGACUGGCGAGGACUUGGUGAGGGCAUCAAAGACAACAAAUUCACUAGAAGCUCAUUUAUGCUGGUGUUUGAACAAAAAUCUUCAAAUGAGAUAUUUGAUGUCUGCUAUCCAUCGUUUUUGACCAGUCAGCUUUCUGAUGAAUUAGAGCACCCUAGCAUUGUAGCAAAAAUGAACUCUGUUUUCCAUAGUCACCAAACACCUCACUUCUCAUUGAUUAAACGGGAACUUCCUUGUACCGUCCAUCUUGUUACCUUCAGAUUCAUCACCACAAAUGUUAGGAAAGAAACGCACGAAAAGAAAUCAGGAGAUUAUGUCCCAAACACUGCAAACGAAAAGAAAUCAGGAGAUUAUGUCCCAAACACUGCAAACGAAAAGAAAUCAGUAGAUUAUGUCCCAAACACUGCAAACUUGCUGGUGGUGCAUAAAAGACAAUUUGAUUGCAACAUUGCACCAGACAGCAAUAUUUGUUCAAAUCCUGACAUGCUAAGGUUAGGAGAGAUCUUCCUGGAUUGCUCCAUGGGAAAAGUAUGGGAGACUACUCUGACUGGCACAGUGUUAUUAAAGGAAACCCAGGGGCACCAUGGGGUAUCUAUUGAUCCUAUGGAAAUUAAAACAUUUAAGGUGCUUUGUAAUUGACAAUGCAUACUGAUUCACACAGUCCAAUUGUUGUAGUUUCCUUCAAUGAUAUCCUUAUAUUCUGUCUGCUGUAGAUUACAUCAAUCAGUUUCAUACAAUCUGAUUGUAUAUUCCAUUAAUAAUUGCUAUACAAUCCGAUUGUUGUACAUUCUGUCAAUAAUUUCAUUACAUUAACAUUCUGAUUGUUGUAGAUUCCAUCAAUAAUUUCUAUACAACCUGAUUGUUUGAGAUUGAAUUGAUGAUUUUUUCCACAAUAUUUUCUGUACAAUCUGAUGAUUAUGAAUUCGUUGUUAAUUUCUGCAAAGUCUAAUUGUUUUACAUUCCAUCACCCAAACUUGAAUCUGCACUACCUGGGAUUCAUCAUGGCCCCAUUGUUCUUGAGAAGAAGAUUUUUAAAGAUAUUCCCUAUAUGCAAGCACCCCCAGGUACUUCAGAUUUAAGUUUGUUCACAUUGUGGUUCCCAGGGGUAGGGUUGGUGCUUCUCAAGCAGUAAUAGGGCCACAUAUUCAAAUGCAAACAUUCCUAAGUUGUAUGGAUUUAAGUUUUAUUCCCCUGUGAUUAAAGGGGGGGGGGGGGGGGGGGGGGGCAUUUUUGUCUUGUGUGCUUGAAACUUUAACCUUGCUCAUAACUUUAGAAUGGUGAGUGAUGAAACUCUCAUAUUUCAUGUAAGCAUUUCUUGUGACUGUACCUUUUUGGUAUAAGUUCUUCGCCUUGCAGUUUGCUCUACUUUUAAGAAAACGUAACCUAGGCAAUAUCUCAUAAACUAUCUAAGGAAUGGUUUUCAUAUUUUGUUAAAAGAUUCCUUAAGGCAAGAUAUUUCAUUUGGUACCAUGAUGAUUGACCUUAUGACCUUGACCUUGUUUGACCUAAAUUUCAAAACUUUAACCUUGGCCAUAAUUUUUGAAUGAUGAGUGUUAUACUUUUCACAUUUGAUAUAUACAAGAAGACCUUCCUUUUGGUAUCAACGUUUUUCACCUUAUAACAUUGACCUCCUUUUUGACCUGCCUAUAUCUUUUUACCUCUUUUCAAGAAGAGCAACCCUGGAUUCGUUCACAUACACACACACACAGUUUAUUCAUAAUUGUAUAUGUGCGUCCUCCCCCUUUUUUGAUGAUGAUUAUUUGUUAUUUUCUAAUGCAAAUAAAGAUUUAUUGGGUGACUGACA